GUCGGAUCCUCUGUAGCAGUGUGGAGGUAUGGGGAAGUGACGCCAGCUACACAGGCGCUGCAGGCCUGGCUGUGUUCUGGAUAAUAGCGGGGUGCUGAGGAGAUCUCAUCUGAGUCAUACAAGACCCAGACCCUCUCUUUGCAAAGCAUUACAGGUGUUUCAGGAAUAAAUAAAAAGGGCAUGUCACUCGAAAAUAUAAUUCGAGAUUCACUCACUGGUUUCAUACAAUCCCACAUUCCUAAUGCCGACACCAGUGCAAUGGAUGAAGUGUUCUUCUCAUAUGUGACAGGGGUAUUAGAAGACCUGGGGUCCCAAGACUCCUCAGAAGAAGAUUUUGAGAUGGAAACAUUUGUGGAAAUGUUAGAGGGUUACAUUCCAGGUUUUGCAGAAAUUGGCAGUGAGAAGGUUUAUGAGAUGAUGUUCAAACUAUCAGGAGAGCUAAGUGAGGCUCGUAAUACAGAAAACUAUUCCCCUGAAACAUCUGUUGGGAAGUCACAUGGGGCAACAGAAUCUAAAGAAACAGAACCGAGUGAUCAUAAAGUGCAAGUACCAUCAGAAGGAGCAGAGGCACAGGAAAGAAGUGAUGUAAUGAGGAAUGUGGAUGUACUGCUGGAGAUGUUCCCAGCAUGCACUGUGCAUCAGGCUGAGAAAGUGCUCUCUAUGGCUAAAGGGAGUCUGGAGGACGCAGUACAGAUAAUAGUGGAGAGAGAGGUGACAUUUGAUAGUUCAUCUGUGCCACAGGAGUUGCAAAAAGCUCCAAAAAAAGAAGACUUGAAACACUUCAUAUUACAAAAAUACAUGAUGGUUGACAAUGAAGAAGACAAAAAGACUCACAGGCCAUUGGCACCUAAAGAGGCACCUAAGAAAAUGGUCCGAUACAUUGACAAUCAAGUGGUCACCACGAAGGGUGAGAGGUACAAAGAUAUGAAAAAACCUGAGAGUGAAGAGAUGAAGAAAACGUAUAUAAAUCUCAAGCCUGCAAGAAAAUACAAGUUUCACUGAGAGGUGACUGGACACAGAGGUCUCCCCAACCUCUCUGUCUGAUAUGUGCACUGAAUGGGUAGUAACUCUACGCUCUGUACCAGAGAAAUGAACUUGUUUGUUGCGUUUACAGUAUCUAACUAUUUAUUCACUAAUGAAGCUUUCUGUUUCCAUAAACACACAUUACAUAAAUAUCGGGAAAGUGAAUCCUAUCUUACAUGUAAAUAUCUCAUAGGUUCAUCUCAGGCUAUUUCUAUGUGUACAGUAAUUGAGUCAGUAAAUUGUAUUUUACUUUGUGUUUGCUCUUGGGGAGAGAGUUUGUCAUUGUGACCCUGCCCUCAGCUGUUCCUGAACACACACAGCUAUGAAUCCCAAUAGGAGUAUGACACUGGAACAUCCCAGUAACACAGCAGCUCAAUUGCCCUGGCUGCUUCAGUCUGCCAGCACUGUCACAUGUGUUGGAAACAAAAACCUUUUAUUCAGUGUAUUGACUAGCUACGUAAUGCAAAAUACUGUACAAGAUAAUGUUAUGUACCAUCGGCAUAUAUAGAUAUGACAGUGUGUGGAAUUUUCAGAUGUUUUAAGUUCCCUUCUUAUUUUAUGGCCCAUGUACAUAUUUUUGUGGUCUCCGUUUCUUCGCCAUGAUGCCUCCUUGUCUUUUGUGAGUUUUGAGAUCGCUAUAACAGCCACUGAAAAGGAAUGACAAUGGGAUUUUGCAAGUCUCUGUCCAAGUUUUCAUUAGGUGAGGUCAGACAGAUGAAAAAAUGGAGACCGUGUGCAGCACUGAGAGACAGAGCUCACCCUAAUCAAACCAAUUUGUAAAUUGCAAGUCUUAUGUUUUUUAAAGAUCUUUUAUUUAAAUAGAAUAUAUGAUCUGUAUGCAGAGAGGGUGUAUGUUAUGCUCACCACACUGCAGGCACGGUGGCGCGCUACACACGCCACGCUAUUUAUUCUCCCUCCAGGGGGGUCGUGGACACCCCAGGAGGUAGAAUAGUUGUCGGUAUGCCGGCUGACUGGAUUCUGGCAUCGGUAUGAUGCGCGCUGGGAUCCCGUUUGAAUGCAUCAACUACUUCAGUUUAUUUGGUGUAAGCAACGGCAACGUUUCAAGGUCUGCUCAAGAACUUUCAUCAGGCUGACCAGUAUGGCUUGAUAAACAAUCCUGAGCAGACCUGAAACGUUGCUAUUCCAUCAUCAAAUAAACUUAAGUAUAUUAUGCAUUCAAACAGGUGAUAGUGGGGUGGAUGCCCACAUGUGCUCUGCCUCUUUGUCUUAAGGCUCCAUCUGUAACCAUGCAUCUACCUUCUGCUCAGGGAACCUCAUGUUAGCUCAGACACUUCAUUUCCCCAGCCUGGAAAUGCAAAAAGUGACCCUCGCACAUUUGAGUUUGGAAGCGGGUCGUUGGUGGACCAUACAAGCUAAACAUGGCUUUUUAUUUUGAAAAUCUGUCCUUUUAAAGUGGAGUGGUCACUCAAGUAUAGUGGGAGAAAGUCCAUAGAGCAAAUGGUCUCAUUGAAAAUACAAAUUGUGAAGUAUAACUGCAUCGUAAAAAAAAAAGAUAAUAAUUAAUGGUGUUUGAUGGGGGGGAAUUUACCUUCUCCAAUCUGUUUAGUGGACCCAUCAGGAUCUCUCUCUGUUUCAUAAUGUGCUUUUCAUUCUCUUCCUGCUUGAGACUAGAUGGGCUGGUUUCAUUGCCCCUCCCUUGUGAAAAUUCCAAACAGCAGUAUUUCAUAACCUCUGAGCCCUAAGCUACACUUAACAAGCCAGGUUUUGAGGAUUGCCAUACUUAAGCACAGUUGACUUAAUUAGUUAUUUUGAUUCAUCAGUAUGUGCUGAAGCCUGGAUAUCCUCAAAACCUGGACUAUUUGUGUGCCUUGAGGACCAAGGUUUGGAAACACUUCAUAUAGAAACUUGACCGAUAGUGGAAAUUGUCCCUGGCGAACUUAGAGAGUAGUACGUGAACAGUACAGUAAGUAAACAUUUAUUUUUUGUUUUUCUGACGAGCUUCACCCUCACAAAAAAAAACUUGUGUGUGUAUCCUUUAAAAAUGUGUAUUAAUUAAUAUAAUCAUGUGGUCACCACAAUACAUUAUAUAAGUAUAAUCCCAGGGUUGGGUGUGGCAUUUGCAAUAUACUAUUGGGUUGGAAUACUGUAUGCGUAGUCAGUGGAAGUGAUGUAAGUACCAUUAUUGUGACAUUUUUGCUAAUUGUAAUAGUCACUAAAUGAAAAUAUUUUCUUCCAUAUAGUUCUUAUGCUCUUUUGUCACUUGGCCAUCCUCCCCCAUGGAACUGAUUGAAACUGAUAAAUAUGCAUAAUAGUAUGUGUUUAAGAUUUACAAAAAAAUAAGAUACAAUAGUCUAAUGCUGACCAGGGAACCUGCAAUUUUGGGUGAUUGGCCCAGUGUUGCAGCAUACAGGACAUAAUAUAAUGUACAUUUAUAAUCCAACUGAAAUUGAUUGAAUCAGUAUUGAUCAAGUUGGCAAAUCAGGUUGGAAGAUUACCUCUACCGGCCUCUGUGUUAUCCAGCUACUUUUUCCAAUCUUAUCCAAUUUAGCCACUUUUAUGCCCCAGCAUUGGCCCUCAUGGCUGCUAUAAAUGGGGAUAGGAAACACAGGGUGGUCAUUGUAAACAAAAUGCAAAGGUGCAGUAGCCCAUAGCAACGAGAAACAUGUCUCAAAUAACUUGUACUAGAUCAUUCAAUGCUGUUAGUUCAAAUGUGCAGUAAUCCACAACAGUUAUUUUGGUAACUAACCCUACUGACAAUGCUGAGUUAUUAUGUCACUGUUUAUAUAAUAUCAUAAUUACACAGUUUAAUAUAUGGUUUUGUUAUCUCUAGUCAUGUCAAACAAACAAAAAAUACGUUUUUCAAUGUUUUUUUAUUUUUCAUAUCCUUACCCUUUGCUGUAUUUUUAUAUACUAUUUUCAUUAUGGGUUUAUUAGAAAUCAAUAGAUCCUACACACAUCACAAAACAGAGCAAUAGUCCAUGGCAAUACUCCUAAGCAAUAACACCCUUUAUAUCUCACUGUACUACUCGUAGCCUCCUAGUUUUAUGUACAGCAAUUACAUUGUUCAAUACUUAAUGAAAAUAUUUUGAUGAAGUUUUCUUUAAAUGGAGCAAAAAUAAAAUAUGUUGUAAUUGCUUUUCUUUUCUUUUCUUUUCUUGAGAAAGACAUAACAUUUGUUUAGCUUAAUUUCGGCUGUCCAUAAAGAUGAUUAUUCUGUGAUUAUCAAAAUAUGAAUUGAAUAUUUUGCAACCUAAAGCAUGUUGGCUACAGCACAUUCUAUCUAUUCACUGCGUUAGCCAAUAUGCUGAUUGGACAGUACACUGGCGUUAUUGUAAUGCUGCGGUAAUAAAAAUGACAGGCAAUGUGGCUGUCUCAUGUUA